UUAAGAUCAUAUGAGCUACGGUAACAAAUCAAUGAACUCUUUCAACAAUAGUCGACUUUCGCUAGUUUUAUUGCAAGCUGUUGAACCAUAGAAUAGCUAAGAGCAACGAUUUCAUCCUUGUAUCGUAAUUUAUCUGUACAAAUGAGUCAGACACUUGUAAGGCCAUGAGAGAAGCCACUGUUAUCCGAGUGUGACUUUUGAUAUAGGAACAUCGUUGCUGCAAGGGUGUGUUCCCGGGGGCAUGUUCUUCUCAAAGUUCAUGUUGUCAUCUUCCUCGUGAAGGUACGUUGACGGCGGACCGGACUCAAAAUCUUAAAGAGCAAUGACAAUCAACAAGGGAGUUGCGAUGAUGGUUGUUGGGCGUAUAACCAUGGCAACCAUUUCGCUGGUAUUGGUGGUGAUCAUGAUGGCGGCAACCAAAUUGAGCUUCGUAGAAAAUACGACAGAGCAUGAAAAACGACAUUUAUCCGCUCCUGAUGUUAUUAAAUACAGACGUCAAGGUGAUCACGGACCUUAUGGUGAUGGGCCGCCAUCCGUCUUAUUAUCAGUGAAUACAACCAGUAUAGUAACAACAGUGGACGAGCGAUUCCUAUCGAUAGGGGCCACCAUGGGUUUCAUCAGAACCUCUCAGGGCCAACAUUUCAAUUCUACCCGAUAUUGGACCCUGGCUCGUGGUUUAUCGCCCGCCAUCUAUCGUCUGGGAGGUGCAGAGGCCGAUUUUACAGUCUUUAAAGAGAACGCAGAUCCUGUAAAUUGUACUCUCCAACCGACUUUCCAGAGCAAACGACCCUCAGAAAAUUACGGGAAGUUGGCAUUUUUCAACGUGACAUUUUGUGCACAUACUUGAGACAACAUCAACGAGUUUGCCCGAUCUGUCGGCUGGGAUAUACUGUUUACCUUCAACGGUCUAGAACGCAACGCGACUUCAUGGGAUCCAACGGAUGCCAUCCAUCUUCUCAACUAUACCAAACAGAGGGGAUAUAAUGUUAUAUGGUCAUUGGGGAAUGAACCGAACGGAUAUCUCAGGAAAGACAAUGUGUCAGUGAAUGGCACGCAGAUGGCUGAGGCAUUCCAUACACUCCGAAAAUCCGUAUCUCAAGUAUCCGGACUGUCGGAUAUCUUCCUUGUCGGUCCGGAUGUCUCUGCUCCUAUAAAGAAAAUACCAGCGCCUCCCACUCCAAUUUCACAAUAUAUCAUUGAUUUUCUCCAAGCCAUCGGUAAUACCACCAAUGUGACAUCUUUCCACUUCUACUACACCGACGGUCGAAAGGCCGGGUUCAGAGAUCUGACCAACCCCCUGCUCUCCGACCUAUUGCAAAUAAACAUUCAGAGAGUGCAAAGCUUGGUCCACAAGUAUGGUUCGAAAGCAAACUCGAAGAUAUGGCUAACAGAAUCUGGUCUUUGCUUCGGGUCGAUGCCAACAAUCCUGAACAACGUCUACGUAGAUGGAAUGCUGUACCUGGAUAGGUUAGGAAUGGCAGCUCGUCUUGGAAUAGAUUUGAUCGUCAGUCAAGGACUGAUGGGUAGAUAUGGAGGGAUAUUUAGUGAAAAUAUAUAUCCCCAUUUGUUUUACUGGCUCUUGCUGUGUCACAAGAGGCUCAUGGGAACCCGGGUCCUAGACGUUUCGAAAGUCGUUUCCACCAAAGUUGAAAGGCGGCAACAAGAAAAUGCAUCGAAAAUAAUGGAUGAUGAUGUAUCAAAAUACAUCCGCGUAUACGCUCAUUGCACGAAAACAAGUGCAUUGUAUCAGCCAGGAUCUAUUACUCUGAUGAUCAUCAAUAUGCUACCAUACGAUGACGUUCAAAUCAAACUUGAGGGCGCUCUACUGAAUUCUACAAUACACGAGUAUCUGUUAUUGCCAGUAGGCACGAAAGGGAUUCUUUCACCGCGAUUGCAACUCAACGGACACCUUCUUAAGAUGAUUGACGACCUUACUCUCCCCAGCCUUCCACCCCGGGAGCAGCCGCCUGGGAGCCUGAUCAUGCUCCCUCAUCGGACAUACGGCUAUUAUGUGCUCCCAUAUGCUGAGGCCCAAGCUUGCCAAUGAGUUCAGAAAACUACACCUCGAAUCGCAUGGGUGACAUGACAUUUGCUCCGAGCUUAACUUCGUCUAUUUCGUGUUCAAUAGGAUUUUAGGUUUGACACUACAACAGGUGAUAUUUUGACACCGCGUUGGUGUCAGUACUUUUACACCGUACCGCUCUGCAGUGGCGUACCUAGGAUUUUUCACAAGGGGGGCAAAACCGUCCGCCAAAAAAUUUG